AUGGAGUUCCUGGAUCAACCCAACACACAGGCACCACUCAUCUGUACCAUUGAUCACAGCCCUACAUGGAUGGAUCCCAUCCUUCAAUUCUUGCAAAACCAGAUGCUACCUGCCGACCCUGCUGAAGCACGGUGUGUUCGCUAUCACUCUGCUUGGUACAUGAUCAUCAAUGACGCUCUACACAAGCAUGGCUUCAGCCUCCCCUACCUUCGGUGCUUGACUCAAGAGGAAGGUAAUUACGUCAUUCGGGAGAUCCAUGAGGGCAUCUGUGGCAAUCACUUAAGUGCUCGCUCACUAGCACAUAAAGCUACUUCUGACCCUCACUUCAUACCGAUGCUUAGGCCUUCACCCAGAAGUGCGGUAAGUGUCAGCGAUUUGCCAACAUCCCACAACUUCCAGCUGAACCAUUGA